UUAAAACAACAUGAUAUAGCAGCUGUAAUUCACUUUUUUUAUAAAAUAAAUUGGAAGUCAAAGCGCGGAAAUUUGCGAGUCGAACUUCCAAUUUCAACUACCUCUUUAAUUUCCAACUGUUAUGGCGGAGUAUUCUUCUUCUUCUUCCUCCUCCUCCUUUACAAUCAUCAGUUUCGGAAAUUCUGGUUAGAAGUUUAAGAAAUCUUUGGUUCCUUCUCCAUCAAAAGCCUUUACUUCACUGUUGGUCUUCUUCUUCUAAUUUGUACCCUGUUAAUUGUUAUGUUCUGCAACCAUGCAUUCUCAAUCACAGAUGAAGCCCCACUCAAAGAACCAGCAGCCGAGGAGUUGGGCUGAAAUGUGUUGUUUGGAUUGGUCGUGCCUACAGCUCUUCUGGCCCAGAGUCUUCAUGCGCAAAUGGCUCAACAUCUCCGCCAAAGAAUCCGAUUACAGCGCCGACACCGACGCCGAUUCCGACUGUGAUGCCGACUCCGAUACCCAAGAGUUUCCUCAACGAGGAAGAGGAUCAAGGUUUAAAGACAUUAAGGAAGAUGAGUCUGAGAGUGAUGAUGCUAGUGAAGCGCUUCCAAGGGUACGAAGACGAAAGUCAGAGACGUUCAGGGCACAGUAUAUAAACACAAAGGAAUUGAGAGUAUGUGCUACAACAUGGAAUGUCGGAGGAGAAAUUCCACCUGAUGACUUGGAUAUUGAUGGUUGGCUAGAUAUUAAUGAGCCAGCUGACUUUUACGUGAUUGGCCUUCAGGAGAUUGUACCCUUAAAUGCUGGAAAUAUCUUUGGUGCUGAAGAUAGGCGCCCAAUCACUAAGUGGGAAAACAUUAUUCGUGAAGCACUGGAUAGAGUUCGACCUGCGGCAAGUAAGGUUAAAUCCUUUAGCGAUCCUCCGUCUCCAUCAAAGUAUAAGCCAUCUGGUGAUGUCCCAGAUAUAGAAGAGGAGAUGUUACUCCAAAGUGAUAGUGAUGUUGGUGAAGAAGUCCAUCCAUUGGAUGACGAACAAAAUUUUUUUGGUGACAGCAAUGGUACGUCAAUCACUAGUGAAAUAGUGAAUGUUGAUUCUCGAGUUCCAGACUUUAGUGAUAGUAGCAAGCCACACAUGCCAAUUGGACAGGAUUUACAAAGGCAAAGUUCUUCUCCAAAGAGAUUAGAUAGGUUAUAUUGCUUGAGGACCGAUGAUUGUUCAUUAGAUGAAGAAACUUCUAGUAUCCAACAAAAUCGAAAGUUAACCAAAAUGCUUAGUGGGUCUGAAAGGAUUGGUUUGAGCUGGCCGGAGCCUCCAUUAAACUUGCUAUCUCAGCACUUGUUAGACAGACGAAAUUCCUUUCGAACAAUGAAGUCUUUCAAGUCCUCUAAGUCUUUCAGAACCUACAAUUCUUUCAAGUCAGCUACGAAUGACGUGACACCAGAAAUAGCUCUGCUUGAGCUUGCAGAGAUUGAUCUUGAGUCUCUAAUGAAACGGAAAAGAAGAUCAUCAUAUGUAAGGAUUGUAAGUAAGCAGAUGGUUGGGAUUUUCCUCACUGUAUGGGUUCGUAGGAGCUUGCGUAAACAUAUUCAGAACGUAAAGGUGUCUACUGUUGGUGUUGGUGUCAUGGGAUAUAUUGGUAACAAGGGAUCUAUAUCUGUCAGCAUGUCAGUGUAUCAGACGUUUUUUUGUUUUGUGUGCACUCACCUGACAGCAGGUGAGAAAGAAGGAGAUGAAAUAAAAAGGAAUGCUGAUGUGCAUGAAAUACAUCGAAGAACUCACUUUCAUUCAUUUUCUGAUAUUGGACUUCCCAGAAGUAUCUAUGAUCAUGAAAGAAUAAUUUGGUUGGGCGAUCUUAAUUAUCGCCUUAACUUGUCAUAUGAAAAAACACGAGAACUUAUCUCCAAAAAGGAGUGGUCCAAGUUGUUUGAGAACGACCAGCUUGCACGACAAUUUAAGAAAGGUCGUCCAUUUGAUGGAUGGUCUGAGGGUGUUCUGAAGUUUCCACCAACAUAUAAAUAUGAGGCUAAUUCAGAGAAGUACUACGGUGAUGAUCCGAAGACUGGGAGGCGGACUCCAGCAUGGUGUGACCGCAUUCUUUCUUAUGGCCGAGGAAUGAGGUUACUGAGCUAUAGAAGGGCUGAACUUAAACUUUCUGAUCAUCGACCAGUGACUGCCACAUAUAUGGCUGAGGUUGAGGUGUUCUCUUCUAGGAAGCUUCAACGGGCCCUCACAUUCACUGAUGCAGAGAUUGAAAAUGAGGAAAUCGCAAUGGAUAUGGGUAUUGAUGUUGGAAUGAACUGCUUAAAAUUGGAACAAGAUAUUUCUGAUUGGGAGCGUUGAUGGAGGCUAAUGCACUCCAGGUGGGAGUUCCGACAACUUGUGAAAUUUUUUUCUUCAAAAUUUGCGAGUUACAUUCAUUCUUUGCCAUGAUUAAUUUGUCAACAACACUCAACAGUGAUGUAUGUUGCAUUUAGAGUGUAAAUGUUAUAGCGGUUCUUGGCCAUUGGUCUCUGGAGCAUAUUAGUUGAGUUGAGUCAUAGAGCAUACAGGUUGUACAGUAAGUUGGAUUUAUACAUGUGUAACAAUAUGUGUAGUGUAAUUUGUAUGAUCAACCUUCAUGAGAGAAGCUUUCUUAAGCUGUAUAGGAAUAAUACAUCUCAAUACAAAUUUUUAAUGCAAUCUUUUUGGAUGGUGUU